UGAUAAAUUUUGAUUUUCAUGGCAGUGUGUGAAUGUGAAGGAUAGAGGGAAUUGAAGUUGAAGUGGUAAAGAAUGGCUAUUUCAAUAUUGAGAGCUGUGAUGGUGUCAAAUUCUCAUUGUCAAUCUCAACCACUCAUUCAUUACAUAUCUUCUAUUGAUGAAAAUGCUAAGAGAAGGAAAAGAGUAGUUUUCUCUUCUUCUCAUUCUUCUGAACUUAACCCUGUAAUUAGGUCAUCAGAGGUUUCAUUUUCUUUUGGGACUUGCCUUAUUCCACAUCCAAAAAAGGUUGAGAAAGGUGGGGAAGAUGCUUUCUUUGUGAGUAACUAUAAUGGUGGAGUUAUUGCUGUUGCUGAUGGUGUCUCUGGUUGGGCUGAAGAGGACGUAGAUCCUUCAUUAUUCCCACGUGAAUUGAUGGCUAAUGCUUAUAAUUUUGUACAAGAUGAGGAGGUGAAUAAUGAUCCUCAGAUUCUUAUAAGGAAAGCACAUGCUGCUACAUUCUCUACAGGCUCAGCAACUGUCAUCGUUGCUAUGCUAGAAAAGAAUGGGAAUCUGAAGAUUGCCAAUGUUGGUGAUUGUGGAUUACGAGUUAUCCGUAAUGGUCAAGUAAUCUUUUCCACUUCUCCACAAGAACAUUACUUUGACUGCCCAUACCAACUGAGCUCUGAGAGGGUUGGCCAAACAUACCUUGAUGCAAUGGUAAGUAAUGUGGAGUUGAUGGAAGGAGACACAAUUGUCAUGGGAUCUGAUGGGCUUUUUGAUAAUGUUUUUGACCAUGAAAUUGCUCUAACCGUUGCAAACAAAGAGGUUUCCGAGGCUGCAAAGGCAUUAGCUAACUUGGCAAACAGUCAUUCAAUGGAUUCGAAUUUUGAUUCUCCGUAUUCAUUGGAGGCAAGGGCCAAGGGUUUUGAAGCUCCAUGGUGGAAGAAAGUUCUUGGAAUGAAAUUGACAGGUGGAAAGCUUGAUGAUAUUACUGUAGUUGUUGGUCAGGUGGUAAAUUCAUGAGAUUUACUAAUCUCAAUGAUUGAUUAUGCUGUAAAGAAAACAAGGUACCGAUUGUUAAGAUCACCACCAGAGAAGGAGUUGCCUUAAGUAUAUUGUGGCACUAAACUUUGGUCAUGCUCUUAAAUUAUUUUUUUUUCAUGGAAAUUUUCCUGCUUUGCCGUGAAGUAUGUAGAGCUUCAUGCAUAUAGAAAGAAGCUGUAUAAGAUAUUCAUUCAAAGUUAGUUUUUGUUUAUGAGAUGUUGUACAUAAUAUUUGGAACCAGUGGUAAGCAAAAAACAUGUAAUGUUAAGAUAAAUCAUUACCCACUGCUUGAGCUU